AUGGCGAACAUCGAGGAGGUCGGUCGGUUCCCCGGGGUGUCCUCGGGUGUACCCGGGCAGGGAUUACCCUAUGCCACUCGGCAGCUGAUCGCCAGGGAGAUCCAGUUGGAGCGGAUGCGACGAUCCGAUGCGGAUGAGGUGCCCACCCCGAAGAUCACCCAGAAGAGUGCACCGCAGGGUGCUCCUGAGGCACCCAAACCUAAAAAGGGCAAGCAGGAGGAGGGAGGGAGGGUAGAUGUGGAUCUAUCUGAAGGAUCAUUGGCGGAAGAAAAGGAAGCUGAAUAG